AUGGAUCUUGUGGGAAAUACCGAUACUCGGGAGGAGCGGUGGCAUCGAUCGUUUGUUGAAUUUCAGGAAUUGCGAUCCUUGAGAAAUGAACGAAAAGCCGCCGCGAGAAAUGAGUUUGACGCAGAACAACAGGAACUCCAUGCAGCCAUCUCCCAUAUUCGAGACGACCAAAACCAAGGCAUUGAAGCGAUACAAGGAGAAGCCGAUGAAGACAUACGUCAAAUCGAGGAGCAAACCAACAUCAAGAUCAAGCAGCUCCAAGAUGAAGCUUACAGAAAGGCGACACAGAUUAGAGAAGACACGAACAAGAAGAUUGAAGACCAUCAGGCCAUUACUGCAAGACAGAGGCAGGAGCUGGAGGGGAGGCUUACUGCAAGGAAACGCAAAUAUGAAAUUGACGGCCUGGAGAUUGAAGACGAGUUUAUAAGGCACCUUGAAAAAUGGGAGAUGCGUUUAACAUCCUCAACACUUCCGGACACACCACCAUCGUCGGAACCUCGAGAACCAGUGAAAAGCUCUUUGCCGUCCAAAGAACACUCGACAGUUUGCUCAUCGUUCCGCGAGCCAGAUUCUCAUGAGGAACACCCAGCGCACCAGCGGCUGACUUUCAACUCCUUACCGCCGCUGCGCUCGAGUGAGCGACACGUGCCCGCUUCUCAAGUCACCCUCAGCUCAGAAGGCGACUUUGGCGGUGCGAUGAGAACAGGCCGACAUGUGCCUACACGUGACGAUUCCGGCCCAAAUGAUCCACAAGGGGACAAUGAAGAAUCUGCUGCAGCUGAUUCAAGGCCAUCAACCACGGAAUACUUCGUAGAAGCUGGCUUUGACCUGUCCCCGGCAUUCUAUUAUGAUGCCAGGAACCCGCCGUCACAGAGAUUGCCCGAGCUAACCGAAAGGAACACAGAGGCAGGCUCAAGCUGCAUUGCCGUGGGUGAUCCCCGUGGCUCGUUGAGUGGUCCCGGUGACAGCUACGUGAGUCAAUCUCUGGCCAUGAAACCUUUGCAGAGGCCAAGGUCUAAGCGGAGCGGGCAGCCAUCUGGCGGCCCUACGGCCCAAAAGACUAUCUCAUUUGACGAAGUUUUUCGAGGCGUUCAGAGUGUGGAUUCACGUGACAAGCACUUCAUCGUCGAGUUCCCGCUUGGCAGCGAGAAGUGGUACAUCCUACGCUGUGUUGAACAUGAUAUGAAUUUCGGUGCUCGCCCUCUCAAUUCAGCAGGGCAACACAUAGACUCCUUCGCGCACGGUCACAAAGCGAAGACAAAUGAGAACGCAAUCGCUGAGCUCGGUGAGCUUGUGCAGGGUUGUGAUGCUAAACGGGCGGAAUGGAAUAAUGAAGCUUACACGAAAAUCCUGCAAAACGGUUAUAGACCGAAGACCGGCAAGAGAAAACGCAGACGCAAACCUGCGGCACACGAUCUCUUCAAGAGACAUCGGGCCGGAUCGAAUCCGGGUCGCCAUGGCUCUCGUCCGGCUGAACCGUCCAAGCCCUUCGAGGGGAUCGUCAACCCCGUGCCUGGUGAAGUGUACCAGGGAGCUCAGCAAACGCCAGGAAGCAGGGAGCUUCACUGGUAUUUGGUGGUGCGCCUGCCUCUUGAUGAUUGGCAGUGCAUGGGAAUCAAUGGAAGUUUCCACCAGAAUGAGCUGUCCCAGAGCACACCGCAGUGCUAUCGACACGAAGUCCUCCACGACUCCCAGCCACGCACCCCAGAGUGGGAUGAAGAGUUCCGAACGGGUGGUUCACGGACGCGGGCAGCUUGCGCGACCGGUGGUACAGGCACCCACAUACCACCCUUCCGGGUUCAACGAAAGACGUGGAGGAUGCACAUGAUGUCGCAAGGAAAUUUUGCAGAAGGCUUGAAGCAGCCCGCGCAGCUCGUCGUUGGAGACGACCAUCAACGGCGAUGUCCCACCUCCAUAGCGGGCAGCAUGAACAAGAUCAAGGUUCUCGACAGGCUGCAGGCCAGAACGAAAUUGAUAAUGCCCGUAAGCAGACAAAUUUUGGUAGCAUCAUCGAGUGAUCUUGAGCUUGGAGGAUCCCGGUCUCCUGGUCUGAGCAUGGCUGAUGACGAUAACAAUAACCUCGAGUCGUCCUACAGCCCUGGGUCGAUCACUUCAGCUACUAGAAGCCCAUCAGCCGAAUCCAGUAUUUUAGACGAGAAUUUCGACAUCGGUGACUACAACACUCCUCCGAGACCACGCAGCUCCAGCCCAGAUGCCGUCCUAUCUGAGUCUAGCAUAUACGAGCGGGCUGAACCUCCGAGCGCCUCGAGCGGUGGCCUUAGAGAGUCGUCUGCGAUUGAAGCAUUGAGAGCAAUACAGGCUGAAUUCAUCCCCGAAUACGGUGGAAGCGGUUUUGAGAGCCAGUCACCAGACUUUGCCAACAAGACAAUCGACGUUGGUAUCAAGGACAAAUGA